AUGGAGUAUAAGUACUCGACCAUCGUCGACAGUUCCAAGUGGGACCCCGAGGGCCUGAUCGAGGGGAUCCCUCUGCGGAAGCACGAAGCCGGGGACCUGGAAGAGGUCGGUUCGUUCCGGGUCCAGGAGGACUGGCGCCGCCUGGUCGGGCCCGUGGAGAAUCCGUUCCGGGGCUCCCUGGGACCCGAGAUCAGUUUCAUCACAUACACCGUGCCGGAAUGUUUGCCGGAGAGGCUAGAGGCCAUCAGCUAUGGGCUUGACUAUGGCUUCCUGCAUGAUGACGAGAUCGACACGAAAAUCGAAGAGGCCGAGCUCGACGACGUCGGCGCAGCCCUGGCCCAGGGCGGAUCGACCGGCAAGAUCCAAGAGGGGACCAAAUCCUCGGGGAAGCGCAAGAUGGCCGCGCAGCUGCUCCGCGAGAUGAUGGCCCUCGACCCGGAGCGGGCCAUGACACUGGCCAAGAGUUGGGCGCAGGGUGUGCAGCACUCGGCCAGACGGGUGGAGGAGAAGGACUGGAAGUCGCUUGACGAGUACAUCCCCUUCCGGUGUAUGGACCUGGGGUACAUGCACUGGCACGGGCUGGUGACCUUUGGGUGUGCGAUUACCGUCCCCGAGGAAGAGGAGGAGGAGAGACGGACGCUCCUCGAGCCGGCGGUGAUUGCGUGCCUGAUGACGAAUGAUCUCUUCUCGUACGAAAAGGAGAAGAACGACAAUAACCCGCAGAACGCGGUCGCGGUCAUCAUGAAAAUCCACAAGUGCAGUGAGGAGGAGGCACGAGACAUUUGCAAGCAGCGCAUCCGCCUUGAAUGCCGCAAGUAUGCCCGCAUUGUCAAGGAGACGCUCGCGAGAACGGAUAUUUCGCUGGACCUGAAGAGGUAUAUUGAGAUCAUGCAGUACACCGUCUCUGGCAACUGGGCCUGGAGCACGCAGUGCCCGAGGUACCACGCUGAUGCCAAGUUCAACGAAUUGCAGAUGCUGAGGGCAGAGCAUGGGGUUGCAAAGUAUCCCGCGCGAUAUUCGCUAGAGAACAGGAAAAACGGCGCCAACGGGGUCAACGGUGUUAAUGGCAUUAAUGGCGUCAACGGAGUCAACGGAGUCAAUGGCAAGAGAAAAAGAAGCGGAGAAGAGACUGCAGAUGAUGCACGAACAAACGGCAAUGGGAUCAAGAAACCAGCACAUGUUCUCGAGUACAGGGACUCAUUAGUUCUUGAGGAUAUUGUGGCUCUCAGCCUCGACUGGAACCUUCCAGACCUGAGCGAUGGCGUCGUCGUCCAGCCCUACAAAUACCUCACCUCGCUGCCAUCCAAGGGCUUCCGUGACCAGGCGAUAGACUCGCUCAACACAUGGCUCAGGGUCCCCACAAAGACCACCAAGAUGAUCAAGGACGUGAUCAAGAUGCUGCACAGCGCCUCGUUGAUGCUCGACGACAUCGAAGACAACUCGCCUCUCCGCCGCGGCAAGCCCUCCACCCACGUCAUCUACGGCAACGCCCAAACCAUCAACAGCGCCACAUACCAAUACACCGAAGCGACAGGCCUCGCCGCCCGCCUCCCCAACCCGACCUCCCUGCGCAUCUACCUCGAAGAAGUCCAGCAGCUGUACAUCGGCCAGAGCUACGACCUCUACUGGACGCACAACGCCCUGUGCCCGUCCAUCCCGGAGUACCUCAAGAUGGUCGACCAAAAGACCGGCGGGCUCUUCCGCAUGCUCACCCGCCUGAUGGUCUCCGAGAGCCCCGCGCGCAGCUCCAUCCUCGACCAGACCCUGUACCCGCUGAGCCACCUCAUCGGCCGCUUCUUCCAGAUCCGCGACGACUAUCAGAAUCUGGCGUCGGCCGAGUAUGCCCGCCAGAAGGGGUAUGCGGAGGAUCUGGACGAGGGCAAGUAUUCGUUCACGCUGAUUCAUUGCAUCAAUACGCUCGAGGCGGAGGCUUCGCUGGCGAGCGAGAAGAUGGCCUUGCGCGCGUUUCUGAUAAAGAGGCGGGUGGAUUCGAGUCUGAGUAAUGAGUCGAAGCGCGAGGUGUUGGAUAUCAUGAAGAAGACCAAGAGCCUGGAGUAUACCCUGGGGGUGUUGCGGGCGUUGCAGGCGGAGCUCGAGAAGGAGGUGGAUAGCCUCGAGGCCAAGUUUGGCGAGGAGAACUUUUCGCUCAGGAUGAUGCUGGAGCUGCUGAAGGUUUGAGUAUUUCGUAAUAUUUCUGUCUAUUAAUCGUUGCGGUUUUGUCUUGUUUUGAUACACAGUUUGACUGGAGUUGUAUAUAAUGUGAUUAUUUGGGCCAG